AUGCGGUCGCCGCCCAUGCAGAGCCCCAGCAAGGCGUCUGCGGCCUCGUUGACUGCGCUAGCUGUUUCGACGAGCUCAGAGAGAGCCGAGCUGUUGUCAGUGCCGCGGUCUGAUCACCCCGUCGAGCCGCUGGGGAAUCGCGAACGACCCGCGCUGACGGCUGCUGCCGCUCCUGCUGCGUCUUCAGGUCACGCACAGCACGCGGAGCCGAUGACGGUUCCGUCACCGCAGGCAACGAGGCACCAAUCAGAGCGAUGCCAGCACUCCCGCUCGUCCGCCACUGCGACUGUGGCUGCCGGCAGCAACAAGUCGGCCACUUACAAGCCUUAUUCACUGAGCUCGUACAAGACGCUCAUGGCAGAUGUGGCGGCGCGCAAGUCGGGCGGCCUGGGGCCCAGCGACACGGAUGAGCAGCGGGCUGCGCGUGAGAAGCGCGAAAGGGCCAAGACGUACGCCAGGCAUGCCGUGAAGGUAGCGCGUGCCGCUCUGGCGGGGGUGGGCUCGUGCGCUGACGAGGGCAAGGUCGACCCCGGCACCAUCAAUAUCUCCCCCGUCUCUUCCCCCGACCCUGCUGCCGGUGCGAGAGGCUCAUCAUCAGCGCGGUCGCCCUCGUCAGACGCAAGCACGACAGCUACAACUAUCACUACUACUUCCACGUCCACGUCGCGCUCGGCCUCUGCAGAGUUUUCUGAGCAUCGCAGGCAGCCACCGAGAGGCACAGCUUGUGCAGCCCCGCCGCCACGAGCGACGCCCCCACAGCACACGACGUUGGAGCCGUCAUCGUCGGCCAUACCACCGCGACAGCUGUCGGCUGCUGGAGUAGACGGCGGCGAGGUCACCCCGUCCUGCACCGGGGCGGAGAGCACCAACGCCAAAAACCCGAAAGCGGUGCUGCCUCCGCUCUCGGCACCGCCACGCACGUCGCCAGCAGUCGCCGCCUUCGCCGUGGCGGCCGCGCCACGACGGCAGAUCAUGCAGGCGCGACGACGUCGCGAGCGCGCCCUGACCUACGCGCGGGAGGUGUCGCAGAAGCGCCGACGGCCAACGCCCGCGGAGUUGGAGGGCGACAACUCGGCUUGCGCGGCGUCUGCCGGGGCGAAAUCGCGGACCGGGCCAGUCGUCAAGAGCGGCGACGCGGAGGAAGAUGACGUGUGGCUGGGCGGGGCCGCCGUCAUCUCCGCCCCGGGCGCAUUUCGAGGAGCCCAUAUGCCCGAUCCGGACCGGGCCCAGCGUCUGCAGCGCCUGCUGGACCUGGAGGCCCUGCACGCCACGAAGAGGGAGGCCGUGGAGGGGAUUCGCCGACAGCUGCGUGCGUGA